AGGCGCUUCCCACUCGGACCGCGGCUCCUGUGGAGGACUCCUCUGCGCGCGCCGCCCGCCCGCCCGCCUCUCCGCCCGGCUCGUGCAGCGCCCGCGGGACUGCGACGCUCCUUUUUCACUGCUCUUUUUAAACAAUUUGAUCCUGCAGUCACAUUUCCACAGACCCGUCCAUGUACUGCUGAGAAGGCUGGAGGCUCAAAGGCUGAUGGUCUACAAGAUGAAGAUGAAGCUGUGGAUGGCAGUGGCUGCUCUCCUUGCAGCGCUCGUGUCGUCUGUGGAGGCUCAAGUUCAACCCCCCACAGAUUUGAAAUUUAAUAUUCUAAAUGAGAACACAGUAGAGAUGUCAUGGAGAAAGCCUGCCACACAGAUAGAGGGCUACAGAAUACAAGUGAUGUCAGAGACAGACGAACCUGUCAGAGAACUAAACUUACCAGCCUCGGCUUCAAAAACAUCCAUCACAAAUUUGACUCCUGAUCUGGAUUAUGUAGUUACAAUAAACUCAUAUUAUGGAUCAGAGGAGAGCAUUCCCAUCUUUGGCCAACUCACAAUUCAGUCUGGUCUCAAUGCGACACGGAAGCCCCAGGUGACCGAUGCCCCUCAAUGCUCUGUCAGCGCCGUUGCAGACUUGGUCUUCCUGGUUGAUGGCUCUUGGAGCGUAGGGAGGGAGAACUUCAAGUUCAUCCGCAGCUUCAUCAAUGCCAUGGCGGGGGCCUUUGACAUUGGCGAAGACAAGACUAGGGUGGGUGUGGUGCAGUACAGCACAGACACCCGCACCGAAUUCAACCUGAACCAGUACAACAGACGGGGAGACGUCCUACGAGCCAUAAACUCUCUGCCUUACAAGGGAGGAAACACCAUGACAGGUGAUGCCAUUGAAUACUUAAUCCAAAACACUUUUACGGAGGCGGCCGGAGCCAGGAAGACCUUUCCCAAGGUGGCCAUGAUCAUCACAGAUGGGAAGUCUCAAGACCCAGUGGAAGAACCUGCCAGAAAGCUCAGGAACAUUGGGGUUGAGGUUUUUGUUCUUGGCAUCAAGGGAGCAGAUGAAGAUGAGCUGAAACAAAUAGCAUCUACUCCUUACAACAGCCAUGUCUAUAAUGUGCCAAACUUUGACUUGAUCAAGGGAGUCCAGGAGCGAAUCAUUGAUGAAGUGUGUUUUGGUGUGGAAGACCAACUUGCUUCGCUUAUUAGCGGAGAGGAAGUGAUCGAGCCGGCCUCAAACCUGCAAGUGACAGAGAUGUCAUCCAAGUCCAUGCGAGUGACGUGGGCUGCAUCCACUGGGGAAGUCACAGGGUACAAGCUCCAACUUGUACCCAUGAUGGCUGGGAUAAAGAGGCAGGAGCUGUACCUGGGACCUACCCAGACCUCAUUGAAUGUCAGGGACCUGUCCCCAGACACGGUGUAUGAGAUCAGUCUGUUUGCCCUGAAGGGUCUGACACCCAGCGAACCCAUCAUGACCACUGAGAAGACACAACCAGUCAAGGUGUCUCUGGAAUGCUCUCUUGGAGUGGAUGUCCAAGCAGAUGUUGUCCUCCUGGUUGAUGGCUCUUACAGUAUAGGAUUAGCCAACUUUGCCAAAGUCAGGGCUUUCCUGGAAGUGCUGGUCAACUCGUUUGACAUUGGACCCACUAAGGUCCAGAUCAGCUUAGUCCAGUAUAGCAGGGACCCUCACACGGAGUUUGCCUUGAACACGCACCAUGACAAGAACACAGUGAUAAAGGCGGUGAGGACCUUCCCCUACCGGGGUGGUUCCACCAACACAGGCAAGGCCAUGACUUAUGUGAGAGAGAAGAUCUUUGUGGCCUCCAGAGGAGCCCGUGCCAAUGUGCCACGGGUUAUGAUCCUCAUCACUGAUGGAAAGUCGUCGGAUGCGUUCAAGAUCCCAGCUGAAAACCUGAGGAACUUGGAUGUGGAGAUCUUCGCUGUGGGUGUCAAGGAUGCUGUCCGCUCAGAAUUGGAAGCUAUCGCCAAUUCACCAGCUGAUACACAUGUCUACACAGUGGAGGAUUUUGAUGCUUUCCAGAGGAUAUCUAAGGAGCUUACUCAGUCCAUCUGCCUGAGGAUUGAGCAGGAGCUCCUCAACAUUCAACUGAGAAGUUUACUCCCACCAGAAUCUCUGACGUUCUCAGAGGUGACUUCCAGAAGCUUCCGGACCAGCUGGGUCUCUAAGGGGACAGAUGUUCUGUCCUUCCUGGUGCGUUUCAGGCCUGCUGCAGAUGUGACCGGCGAGUACAUCACCAUGUAUGUCCCGGGAGACCAACGCACAGUAGUCCUUCCCUUCCUGACCCCAUUCACCAAGUAUGAGGUCAACGUGAUUGCCCAGUAUGAGCGAGGAGACAGCUUCCCCCUGACUGGAGAAGAAACGACUCUGCAAGAGCAAGGCCCUGUACGGAACCUCCGGGUGUCGGAGGAGACCACAGACAGCUUCCGGGUGUCCUGGAAGCGGGCUACUGGGGCAGUGUUGAGGUAUUGGAUUACCUACGUUCCCAUUCAGGGGGGCGUGGAGGUUCUGCGGGCGGUCACAGAUGGACCUGAAACCACCAUCGUACUACAGGAGCUCUUCCCUGUCACCACCUACCGUGUGUCUGUAGCAGCAGAGUACCAGACUGGCAUGGGCCCCGAAAUGGUGACUCAAGGCACCACCAAAGAAGCUCGGGGGUCUCCACGGGACCUGCGUGUCUUUGACGAGACCGUGUCCAGCAUGCGGUUAUCGUGGCAGCCAGCCCCAGGUCAGGUGCAGCAAUACCGCGUGGCCUACAAGCCAUCGGCGGGUGGCGAGCGGAAGGAGAUCACCGUGAAGGGAGAUACCACCUCCGCCCUGCUCAAGAACUUGCAGCCCGACACUGAGUACGAGCUCUUUGUCAGCGCUCGAUACUCUUCUGGCUUCGGAGACCCCUUGAUGGGACUGGGAACCACUCUGGAAGAACUGGGCUCUGCCAGAGACCUGCUCACCAAGGAUGUGACAGAUACCAGUUUUGGUGUGUCCUGGACCGCUGCUCCCGGCAAAGUGCGGUUCUACAGGCUCGUGUGGAGGUCCCUGUUCACCAAGGAGUCUGGAGAAAUGAGAGUUCCUGGCGACGUGACAAAUACGGUGCUGGAGGGGCUCACCCCAGAGACCCGGUACCAGGUGUCUGUAUACGCCUCCUAUGCCCGUGGAGAGGGAGAGCCUCUUGAUGGAGAAGAAACCACAGAUGUUUCUGACAGUGCGAAAAUCUUGACUGUGUCUGAGGAAACAGAGAAAAGCAUGAAGGUGACGUGGCAGCCAGCGCCGGGCAAUGUGGUCAACUACCGGUUGACAUACCGCCCCGUGGCUGGUGGGCGCCAGUUGGCUGCCAAGGUGCCCGGCACCAAUACCUCCACUGUUCUGAGGCGCCUGCAGCCUAUGACCACUUAUGACAUUACUGUGCACCCCGUCUACAAGGAAGGAGAAGGAAAAGCAAGGCAAGGAGUGGGAACGACACUUUCUCCAUAUAAACCUCCCAGAAACCUUCAGACAUCUGAGCCCACCAGGACCAGUUUUCGGGUGACCUGGGAUCCCGCACCGGGUGAAGUGCGUGGUUACAAAGUCACAUUCCAUCCCACGGGUGAUGAGUUAGACUUGGGCGAGAUGCGGGUUGGCCCCUAUGACAACACUGUGGUUCUAGAAGAGCUCAGGGCUGGGACUAAGUACUCGGUGAACGUAUUUGGCAUGUUUGAUGGAGGAGAGAGUCAACCGUUGGCUGGAGAAGAGAAGACCACACUUUCAGAUGCUCCAGAUCCCUAUGAGCCAUAUAAACCAUCAGAGGUGGCCUGCAGGACCACGGCCCAGGCCGAUAUCGUCCUCCUGGUGGAUGGCUCAUGGAGCAUCGGGCGACUGAACUUCAAAACCAUUAGAGCAUUCAUAUCUCGCAUGGUGGGCGUCUUUGACAUUGGCCCGGACAGAGUGCAGAUUGGUCUGACUCAGUACAGCGGUGACCCGAAGACUGAAUGGCACUUGAAUGCUCACAGAACCCGCGAGUCACUGCUGCAGGCUGUGGCCAACUUACCCUACAAAGGGGGCAACACCUUGACUGGACUGGCUUUAAAUUACAUCCUUAGAAACAACUUCAAACCCAGCGUGGGAAUGCGGCCUAAUUCUCGCAAGAUAGGAGUGCUCAUCACUGAUGGCAAAUCACAGGACGACAUUGUUGAAAGCUCCCGAAAAUUGCGCGAUCAGGAUAUCGAGCUCUAUGCCAUCGGUAUCAAGAAUGCUGAUGAGAAUGAACUGAGGACGAUUGCCUCGGAUCCGGAUGAAGUCCACAUGUACAAUGUGGCCGAUUUCUCCUUCCUGCUUGACAUCGUGGAUGACCUCACGGUAAACCUGUGUAACAGUGUCAAAGGGCCAGGCGGUGGACCAGAGAUGCCCACGGACCUGGUGACCUCUGAACCAACCCACACCUCUUUCCGUGCCACUUGGACAGCACCCAGUGGCCCGGUGGACAGGUAUCGUGUGGAGUAUGUGCCCCUCGCUGGAGGCCGAAGUCGAGAGGUGUUUGUGGAUGGCACUAGGACCACUGUGGUCCUCAGAAACCUAACUCCACUGACUGAGUACAGUGUCAGUGUUUACUCCGUGGUUGGGGAAGCAAGCAGCGAACCGCUGAGAGGCACCGAAACCACUUUGCCCCUACCUUCUGUGCGCAGAAUGAAUGUCUAUGAUGAGCAGCCCACCACCAUGAGAGUUCGAUGGGAGGCAGCUGCUGGGGCCACUGGGUACCAGCUGCAGUACAGCGCCAUCAAUGCCACAGUACCAUCCACCCAGAGAGAGCUAAGUGUGGGAUCAGAUGUAACCACGGUCCUUCUGGAGAACCUCAUCCCCAACACAGCCUACACAUUGUCUAUCUUUGCCCUCCACGGCGGCGCAACCAGUGACCCUCUGUCCGACCAGGGAGUGACCUUGCCCUUGCCCCCAGCAGGGGAGUUGAGGAUCACCGAUGUCACCCACAGCACCAUGAGGCUGAACUGGGAUGCAGCACCAGGGAACGUGCGCAAGUACAUUAUCACGUACAAACCCGAGGGUGGAGAGACCAAGGAGACUGAGGUUGAAGGUCGUGUGACCACAACGGUUCUACAGGAACUCAUCUCACAGACUGAGUAUGAUGUGGCAGUCUACCCAGUGUAUGAUGAAGGAACGGCUAGCCCAAUGCCAGGCCAAGCUGUUACUGGUGUUGUCCCUGCCCCCAAAAACCUGAGAUUCUCAGACGUGACCUUGACAAGUUUCAUUGCCCACUGGGAGCAUGGUGCUCCUGAUGUAGCCCUGUACCGGAUCCAAUGGGCCAAGCAAGGAGAAACAGACUUCCAAAAUGCCAUCCUGAACAAUGAUGAGAACUCUCACCUGCUGGAGAACCUAGACCCUGACACCUUGUAUGAUGUCUAUGUCACGGCUAUCUACCCUGAUGAGUCAGAGAGCGAGGACCUGAUAGGCAGCCAGCGCACACUGUCAGAGAUCCGCACUCCUGAACCAUCCGGACCCCCGCAGAACCUGCAGGUGUACAACGCCACUACCACCAGCCUGACAGUAAAAUGGGACCAUGCACCUGGACGGGUCCAAAACUACCGCAUCACGUACAGCCCAGAGGCUGGAGGCAGAACUCAGACGACUCAGAUUGGAGGCAAGAAGAACAGUGUGAUCCUGCAGAAGCUGACACCCGACACACCGUACUACAUCACCGUAACGGCGGUGUACAGCACUGGCGAGAUGAAGGAUAUAUCUGGCAGUGGGAAGACCAAGCCACUGGGAGGAGUGAGGAACCUGCAGGUGACUGACCCCACUACCAGCACUCUGAGGGUGACCUGGGAUCCUGCUGAGGGCAAUGUCCGCCAGUACAGGAUCUUCUACGUUCCUGCCGUAGGGGGUGUCGAAGAGAGGGAGCAGGUUUCUGGGAGCACCACCAGCACGGUGCUGAGGAACCUCCAGCCAGACACCAUCUACACAGUCACUGUGGUGCCAGUGUACCCUGCUGGAGAGGGACGUCGCCUCUCUGAGAACGGAAAAACUUUGGAGCGUUCGGCCCCCAGGAACAUCAAGGUGUACAACCCCACCCCCAACACUCUGAAUGUACGCUGGGAGCCUGCCUCUGGACAGGUGCAACAGUACCGGGUUGCCUACGCCCCCUUGACCGGGACCAGACCCUCGGAAUCUAUCCUGGUGCCUGGAAACACCCACAAUGCUCUGCUGGAACGCCUCAUCCCUGACACCGAGUACUCUGUCAAUGUUGUGGCUCUUUAUGCUGACGGAGAGGGACCCUCAGUGGUCGGAGAUGGCAAAACAUUGCCCCGCAGUGCUGCGAGGAACCUCCGUGUGUACGACCCCACUACCAGCACCUUGAGCGUGACCUGGGAUCAUGCCGAUGGGCCGGUUCAGCAAUAUCGCAUCACAUAUGCCCCCACCACAGGGGACCCGAUAGAGGAGUAUGCUGUCGUCCCUGGCAACAGGAACAACAUCAUCCUGCAGAAUCUGCAGCCAGACACCCCUUACAGCAUUAUGGUGGUGCCUAUUUACCAGGAUGGUUCGGGUGGAGAGCUGACCGGAAUGGGCCGCACAGUGGGCCUCGUAGCACCGCGGAACCUGCGUGUCUCAGACGAGUGGUACACCCGAUUCCGUGUGUCCUGGGACCCGGUACCCUCACGAGUCCUUGGGUACAAGCUGGUAUACCAGCCAGAAGAUAAAGAUGAGACCAUGGAGGUGUUCGUUGGAGACGUCACAACAUACAUGCUUCACAACCUGCAGCCUGGCACUACGUAUGACCUCAAGGUCUUUGCCCAGUACGAGUCCGGUCUGAGCGAAGCCCUUCUUGGACAAGGCACCACUCUGUACCUGAACGUCACCGACCUGACGACGUACGAUGUUACUCAUGACGCGUUCUGCAUCAGAUGGACCCCCCACAGGUCGGCAACUUCGUACAGGAUCAAGCUGAACCCAUUUAAUCCGUACAGUAGAGGACAGCAGGAAAUAACUGUCACUGGAUCAGAGAGCCAGUACUGCUUCAACGGUCUUUCCCCCGAUGCCCUGUACAACGCUACAGUCUACGUCCAAACCCCCAACCUGGAGGGACCCGGGGUCAGUGCGAAGGAGCGCACCUUGGUGAAGACCACUGAAGCCCCAACGGAGCCUCCAACCCCACCUCCUCCUCCCAAAAUCCCACCCGCCAUGGAAGUUUGCAAAGGUGCCAAGGCAGAUUUGGUGUUCCUUAUUGAUGGGUCUUGGAGUAUUGGAGAGGACAACUUCAACAAAGUCCUACAGUUUGUUUUCAGUACCAUUGGAGCCUUUGAGGUCAUAAGCCCACAAGGAAUGCAGGUGUCUUUUGUGCAGUACAGUGAUGAUUCAAAGACUGAGUUCAAGCUGAACACCUACCAUGACAAGGGUACAGUGCUUGCUGCACUUCAGCUGGUGCGCUACAGAGGUGGCAACACCAAAGCAGGUGCGGCCCUGAAGCAUGUUGGUGAGAAGGUCUUCACCUCAGACAGUGGAAUGAGAAAGAAUGUUCCAAAGGUCCUAGUGGUGGUCACCGAUGGACGCUCUCAGGAUGAGGUCAAGAAAAACGCUGCCAAGCUACAGCAUGCUGGUUACAGCGUGUUUGUUGUUGGUGUCGCUGACGUGGAUUUCUCCGAGCUGCGCAACAUUGGGAGCAAACCCAGCGAAAGACACGUCUUUAUCGUGGAUGACUUUGACGCCUUUGCGAAGAUUCAGGACAACCUCAUAACAUUUAUCUGUGAAACAGCCACAUCCACUUGUCCACUGAUUUACCUGGAAGGCUAUACAUCGCCGGGUUUCAGAAUGCUGGAAGCCUUCAACCUGACAGACAAGACAUAUGCCUCGGUGAAGGGUGUGUCUAUGGAACCAGGUUCCUUCAACAGCUACGUAACCUACCGACUCCACAAGAAUGCGUUCCUCUCACAGCCCACAAAAGAUGUUCACCCAGAGGGUCUUCCGCCCAUUUUCACUAUCAUCCUGCUGUUCCGCCUUCUGCCGGACACGCCUGUGGAGGCCUUCGACAUUUGGCAGAUUGCCGACAGCGGCAGCAAGCCUGAAGUCGGGGUCACUGUCGACCCUUCCAGCAAAACGAUCUCCUUCUACAACAAGGACACCCGGGGUGAGGUGCAGAGAGCCACAUUCAGUGAAAAUCCUGUUAAGAAAAUCUUCCAUGGAAGCUUCCACAAGCUUCACGUCUUAGUUACGCCAAAGAGUGUCAAACUGAACGUGGACUGCCAAGAGGUGGGAGAGAAAGAGAUAAAAGAGGCCAGAAACAUCUCCAUGGACGGAUAUGAGGUGCUGGGCAAAAUGGCGAAGUCCAGAGGCAAGGGCGAGUCGGCAACGUUCCAGCUCCAGAUGUUUGACAUGGUCUGCUCUUUAGGCUGGACCAGCAGGGACAGAUGUUGUGAACUGCCAGCAGUGAGAGACGAGGCCAAAUGCCCAGCUCUUCCCCACUCCUGCACUUGCGCACAGGACAGCAUUGGACCUCAAGGACCACCCGGACCACCGGGUGGUCCCGGCUCUAAGGGUCCACGCGGUGACAGGGGAGAUUCCGGUCCACCUGGUCCACUUGGGUCACGCGGUGAGUCAGGGUUACCAGGACCCAUGGGGCCCCCUGGGCCACAAGGCCCCAAUGGACUCUCCCUUCCAGGGGAGCCGGGCCGACCUGGACCCAAAGGAGAUCCUGGUGAUGCUGGACUGCCUGGACGCUCGGGUCCCCCAGGACCCCCUGGACCAUUGGGUCCAUUGGGACCAGCAGGAGCAAGGGGACCCCCAGGAAAAGAAGGACCUUCUGGGCCUAGAGGUCCACCAGGACCUAUGGGAAGUCCUGGAUCUCCUGGAAUGCCAGGGAGUCCUGGAAAACCAGGAAAGCCUGGAGACACUGGACGGCCUGGAGCCGUUGGCAUCAAAGGAGAAAAGGGCGAGAGGGGAGACUUUGCUUCUCAGAACAUGAUGAGAUCAAUAGCCAGACAAGUGUGUGAGCAGCUUGUCAACAGUCAGAUGAGCAGGAUUGAUAUGAUGCUGAAUCAGAUCCCCAACGGCUACCGCAGCAACAGCCCCGGUCCAGCUGGUCCCCCUGGACCACCUGGUAACGAAGGACCUCGCGGUGAACCGGGCCAGCCUGGCGGAAGUGGCUUCCCAGGAACUCCAGGUUUACCCGGGCCUCCUGGAGAAAGAGGGCUUUCCGGAGAAAAGGGUGAAAGGGGUAGCCCUGGAAUCGGAACCCGAGGACAAAGAGGUCCGCCUGGACCACCUGGCCCACCAGGCGAGUCUCGAACAGGCCCCAGAGGCCCCCAGGGUUCUUCUGGGCCCCCCGGCCCCCCUGGUCGCCAUGGAACCACUGGCAUCCGGGGACCCCCUGGUCCUCCUGGUUACUGCGACUCGUCUCAGUGUGUUGGCAUCCCGUACAACGGACAGGGAUACCCGGGUUCGCCAUAGUACAUUUUAUAAGUCGCCUGUGCUGCUUGCACUUUGAAAUCCAGAAAAAAGUCAUUUUCUGAGAUUUUGUGCUCACGUGCUUAUGAGGCCUUUAAGGAUAACCACCGUGGAAAUGAUUAACGAACACACUGCUGAUCAUCACACAGAGGGAACGGACUGGCACUAACAAACACUUUACAGCUACUAGAUAUCAGACAAGCAGCGGCGAUGGCAACGUAGCGGCCUGUUUGCAUCUUGAGCCAACACGGCAAACAGACAGAGAGAACGCCUCUUCUUUUGUGGGACGAAGCAUGUAAAGCUACUAACAAGGAGGAUUUAUAACCAAGAACAACCAGUGUUAACAUGGCAACGUAGAAUCGAUGUCUGUAAAUAAACUAAUGGUGCCUUGUAAAUGAUUCUUAAAAAAUUUUUAAAUCGAAUCCACUAAAAUUAGUUAACAGCUUGUGCAUUAUAACCCUCUGCUUGCUGAAUGCCAUUAUAACCUCUUUAUUUGAUGCCUAAUGUGAUUUAGUUAGCCUCUGCUCAGGUCAAAAUCGAAGCACGUGCUAUUUGUAUAUUGUAGUCAAGAGGCUUUUUGUACUUUUUGCAGUAUCAACUUUAACUAGUCGACUAGUUUACUAUCAACUAGUACAUUUGUUCUUUUUGCCCCUUGUUCUGGUAACAUGUAUUUCUCAGUAAGGUACUAUUCAUAUGACUGAGGGCAGUUUUAAAUGUUUUGUAUGAAGAUCCAAUAGGAUAUAAACAGUUUUGUACAAAUUGGAACUUUAUGAUUUAUUGGCUCAUCUGCUCUGUGCACAUUCGCUGCGAUGCUCCGCUAUUCCUUAACUGAGCUGAGGACCACUGAGGAAACAGUUAUGCAAACAAUAAGCUAAUAACAGAUAUAAGAUAUAUAUCUUAAGGUGUGUGGGCUGAUAACACUACAUAGAGCUCAUUGGAAGUCGCUUUGGAAAAAAGCGUCUGCUAAAUAAAUAAAUGUAAAUGUAAAUGUAAAUGUAUAUCUUUGACUCAGGUCUCUGAUAUUUUCUUUUCCCCGAACAAAUUGCAUGAGACAUACCCUGUUUUUUCAUCACAAAAACAACAGAAGAGGGAAGUGUACAAGUUGUGCAUGCCAGGUUGCAGGUUGCAAAAUUCAUGUUCACUCGGUUCAGUUGGCCACCACAAUAUUUCCAACCAGGCCGUUACCAACCUGAACCUGAAACCCACGUAGUGCCCAUCCCCGAGGAGCCGUCGGAAGACUAUGAGACAGAAAUUCAGUC